AUGCUGCGUGUGUUCAUUCUAUGUGCUGAGCACCUACAAACACCGGACAACGACAUCAGUGAUGCCUACUGCAGUGUCACCUAUGAAGGGUCCAAGAAGAAGACAAAGGUCAUCAAAAAUAACCCCAACCCUGUUUGGAAUGAGGGAUUUGAAUGGGAUCUAAAGGGGAUUCCUCUGGACUCCGGAGCAGAAAUUCACUGUGUUGUCAAAGACCAUGAGAAGAUGGGAAGAAACAGGUUUCUUGGGGAAUGCCGACUGUCUCUCCGAGAUGUCCUCAACUCUCCCAACUUAGCUGCCUCCUUCACCAUCUCUCUGGUGGACACCAAGAGGAACAACACGGGGGCUACACUGACCCUGCAGGUUUCCUACAUCCCUCCUCCGGGUUCAGCUCCGAUCUACCACCCGCCUCCCCAGCAAGAUUCCAUGUCCCAUAACAACCCCAAUGUGGAGCUUGACACCGUCACAACAGUGAUUUCUCUGGAUACUUUGGGUGAGGAAGAUACAGAAAGUAUGAUUAUGGUGGAGGCCAUAGAGGACCAGGGACCUGAUGAUGGACGCUCCUCCAUGGUGAUUGUAGGCCCUCAGGGGCCCCCCGGCCGGGAGUCUCCUACUGCUCAGACCCCUAAGCGCUCACCACCGUCCUACCACACCCAUGGAGGGCUGAAGAGACGGAGGAGAGGAGCCGGUGGUCGGCCCAAAGAGCUGCCAAACAAACCUCAGGACAUACAGAUUCGUGUGCGGGUCAUCGAGGCUCGACAGUUGCCAGGCAUCAACAUCAAACCUGUUGUAAAGUUGGCAGUAUCCGGGCAAACCAAGCGGACUCGCAUUAGAAAGGGCAACAACCCAGUCUUUGAUGAGACGUUCUUCUUGAACUUCUUUGAGACCCCUUCAGACCUGUUUGACGAACCACUCUUCAUCACUGUGUGUGAUUCUCGCUCUCUGAGAACUGACGCUGUGAUCGGCGAAUUUAAGCUGGAUGUUGGUACUGUGUACAAUGAGCACAGACAUUGCUUCUUGAGGAAAUGGUUGCUGCUGUGUGACCCCGAUGAUCUCUCCGCUGGCGUGCGAGGGUACCUGAAGGUCAGCUUGUUUGUCUUGGCUGCUGGAGACGAGCCACCGGCUGACAAACGGGAGUGUGUGGAGGAAAAGGAGGACAUAGAAGGAAACCUGCUGAGGCCGGCUGGUCUUUCUCUGAGAGGAGCUGUUUUCACACUGCGGAUCUUCAGAGCUGAAGACCUGCCACAGAUGGACGACGCUUUCAUGGAUGGGAUGAGGCAGAUUCUGGGCUUUGACACAAACAGGAAGAAUUUGGUGGAUCCAAUGGUGGAGAUCCACUUUGCUGGCAAAACGGUCUGCACAAAAAUCCUGGAGAAAAAUGCCAAUCCACAAUGGAACCAGAGCCUGGCGCUUCCAAUUAGAUUUCCCUCCAUGUGUGAGAAGAUGAGGGUCAGAAUUGUGGACUGGGACAGAGCCAGUCACAAUGAUGUCAUAGGCACUACCCACCUCUGUAUGUCGACAAUCUCUGCUCCUGGAGGGGAGAUAGAUGAUGACUUGACUCCUCGGACCGUCCACUCUGGCAUUGAUGACAGUCUUGGUUUUCUUCCAACCUUUGGCCCAUGUUUUGUCAACCUGUACGGCAGCCUCAGAGAAUUCACCGCAUUCAACGACCCACAUGAGACACUAAACCUGGGAAAAGGUGAGGGCGUGGCAUACAGAGGGAGAGUUCUACUGGAACUAACCACAAAACUGGUGGACAAGCCAGAGCAGAGAACUGAAGACAUACCAUCAGAUGACCUUUUGGUUGUGGAGAAGUUUCUCAGGAAAAGGAAGUUCUCCCUAUUUGUGGCGUUUUACUCGGCCACGCUCCUUCAGGACGUCGAUGAUGCCAUUCAGUUUGAGGUCAGCAUCGGUAACUAUGGCAACAAGUUUGACUACACCUGCCUCCCGUUGGCCUCCACCACGCAGUUCAGCAGGGCUGUGUUUGAUGGUUGCCACUACUACUACCUUCCCUGGGGAAAUAUUAAGCCAGUGGUGGUUUUGGCUUCAGAGUGGGAGGAUAUUCGACCGAGGAUUGAGGCUCUCAACAUGCUGCUGGAUAUCGUGGACAGACUGGAGUCAAACUUGCAGCGCGUGCAGCUUGAGGUGAAGUCAGGCGGCGACAUGGAGGCGGUGGAGCUCAAAGUGGUGGAAAUGUUGGACCAGCUCAUCACAGACUGCAGUGAGGAUUUACCUGCCAUCGAUCACUGGCAGUGUGCCACGCCCCUGGAUCGGUCGUUGAGGCACAUUCGAACUCUCCACCUACAGCAGAUCGUUGCUGCGGCUCAAGCACUCAAACACGGGCCCGAAACAGACCUGUCCACAGUGUUGGAGCAGGCUGAAGACUGGGCCAACAGACUCAAGCUUCUCACCGAGGAGCCCCAAAACAGUCUUCCAGACAUUGUGAUAUGGAUGCUGCAGGGUGACCGCAGGGUGGCGUACCACCGCAUCCCGGCACACACCGUGCUCUUCUCCCAGCAGUACUGUGGGAAACACUGUGGACAGCUGCAGACCGUCUUUCUGAAAUACCCGCAAAGCAGCGGAGCAGAAGCCAAACUUCCCGGUCAGCUGAGGGUCAAAGUGUGGUUUGGGCUGGCUGUCGAUGUCAAACACUUCAACCAGUAUGCUGAAGGAAAACUGUCCGUGUUUGCAGAAACAUAUGAGAACCAGACUCGCCUUGCUUUGGUGGGCAGCUGGGGUACGACGGGUUUAACCUAUCCAAAAUUCAGUGAUGUCACCGGUCGAGUGAAGCUGCCCAAAGAGAGCUUCAAGCCUUCACCGGGCUGGACUUGGGCUGGAGAAUGGUUCAUAAGCCCAGAGAGGACACUGCUUUUUGAUGUGGACGCUGGUCACAUGACCUUCACAGAGGAAGUGUUUGAAAACCAGAUGAGGUUGCCGGGCGGACAGUGGAUCGGCAUGCCAGAAGGAUACACUGAUGUGAAUGGGGAGAAAGCUAUGCCAAAGGAUGAGGUGGAAUGUCCUCCUGGUUGGGUUUGGGAGGAGGUGGAGUGGAGUGAGGAUCUCAACAGGGCCGUGGACGAUCAAGGCAAGCACACAAAUGCAUUCAAAUCCUGUGCUUGUACGUUUGUGUGCUCAGGCUGGGAGUAUGGCAUCACUAUUCCCCCCGAUCGCCGUCCUAAGUCAUGGGUGCCGGCAGAGAAGAUGUACCACACCAACCGCCGAAGACGAUGGAUACGGAUGAGGAGACGAGACCAGCAGAAAAUGGAGGCUCUCAGAAAGCAGCGACCGGACGAGGCGGAGAAAGAGGGCUGGGAGUACGCCUCGCUGUUCGGCUGGAGGUUCCACCUGAAGCCCCGCAAGACAGACAGCUUCAGGAGGCGCAGGUGGAGGUGCCGCAUGGAGCCGCUGGAGAAGACGGGGCCGGCGGCCAUCUUUGCUCUGGAGUGUUCUCUGAGCAGCAUAGAGGACAAACAUGACGACAAGUCUGUCACAACAACGUUUGGAGUCAACAGACCAACCAUUUCCUGCUUCUUUGACCGCGGCACCCGCUACCAUCUGCGCUGCUACCUGUAUCAAGCCAGAGAGCUGCCGGCCAUGGACAAAGACAGCUUCUCAGACUCCUAUGCCAUUGUGUCGUUCCUCCAUCAGUCCCAGAAAACGGUGACUGUGCGGAACUCCCUCAAUCCCACCUGGGACCAGACACUAAUCUUCUAUGAGAUCGAGAUUUUUGGGGACCCCGAUGCAACAUUGGCCAAUCCUCCCAAUGUCACGGUGGAGCUCUAUGAUCAGGACACAUAUGGAGCAGAUGAGUUCAUGGGCCGCUGUGUGUGCCAGCCUUCCCUGACUCCCUCGCCCCGGCUGGCCUGGUUCCCAAUUCGCCGAGGAGACAAGAGCGCCGGCGAGUUGCUGGCCGCUUUUGAGCUCUUACGUAGAGAAAAGCCAGCAGUUCACCACAUUCCAGGACAAGAGGGAGACAUCUUCAGCGCCACACAUGUGCUAGACGAGUUGAUGUUUCCCGGAUUCCUCUCACCAAACCUGGAGCAAUGGCCAGAGGAGUCGGAUCUUCCAUACCCACCCCCCCAGAGGGAGCCAAAUGUCUUCAUGGUUCCUCAGGGGAUCAAACCUGUCCUGCAGAGAACUGCCAUUGAGAUCCUAGCGUGGGGCGUUCGAAACCUGAAGAGUUUCCAGCUGGCCAGCGUCACGUCUCCAAGUCUGCAGGUGGAGUGCGGUGGCACCUCCAUCCAGAGCUGUGUCAUCCGCAGUGUGAAGAAGAAGCCAAACUUUGACAUCAAUACACUCAUCAUUGAUGUGAGGCUACCCUUAGAAGAGCUUUACAUGCCACCAAUUGUCAUCAAAGUCAUCGACAAUCGGCAGUUUGGGCGGAAGCCGGUGGUCGGUCAGUGCACCAUCCGUUCGCUGGAGGAGUUCCGUUGCACUCCAGAAGAAGAGCAAGCUGCCCCGGAGGAGGAAGAGGAGGAAUGGAGACGAGAGACCCCCCACGUGACCUCUGGGGAGGUCUAUGUUGACAUCGACGAUGAGGUGCCACUCAUGCCCGACCAGGUAAGAAUAUCUGUGAGUUCGUGGGACUGA